UGUAUCAUACCUUAGUCCAUAUUGGUGAAAACGAGCGCCGCCAUCGGUAAUUAACGGUCCCAAUACUGGAUUAACAUCUCCCAAUACAAAAUUUUUGCAAAACUUUAGCAGUUUACAAUGAGUUCCCAUGGAAAAGUCGAAACUGAGAGCCUCAAGAGAAACCUGGAGGAGCAGUUAGACAGAUUAGUGCAGCAAUUAGAAGAUUUAGAAGAAUGCAAGGAAGAUUUAGACGAAUCAGAGUACAAAGAAACCAAAGGGGAAACAAUGGAUCAGUUACGUGAAUUCAACGAGAGUCUUCAACGCAUGAUUUCAGGAGACAUGACUCUAGUAGAUCAGCUGGGCGCGAUGCAAUUGGCAACGCAGGCAGCAGUAAGUGCAGCAUUCAAAACUCCAGCGGUAAUCAGAAUGUUUGGAAAACGUGAGCCAAAUCAAUUACGAGAACGUCUUUCAGAAGUAGAAAGAAACAUGAGACUUGGAAAAUUGAGUAAAGAAACAAGUGAGAGACAACGAGUCGAGAUUCUGAGUGCUUUGAAGCAGUUGGGGGAGAAAUUGGAACAAUUCGAGCAUGAAUUCUUAGAAAAAAUGUCGGUGGGCAUUUUCGAUAUCACUGGCUUUAUUGAGAUUUCCGAUAGUUAAGAACAAGGCCAAAUGGUACUAGCAAUGGCUAGUAAGGAAGUCGAAGUCACCCAGUGACUUGAAAGCGCAUGAAAAAGAAAUAGAUUCCUUCUAGAUCAUGAAGGUUAAA